AUGAGCCAUCCACUACCAGACCAGCCAUCCACUACCGGACCAGCCAUCCACUACCAGACCAGCCAUCCACUACCAGACCAGCCAUCCACUACUGGACCAGCCAUCCACUACCAGACCAGCCAUCCACUACCGGACCAGCCAUCCACUACCAGACCAGCCAUCCACUACCAGACCAGCCAUCCACUACCGGACCAGCCAUCCACUACCAGACCAGCCAUCCACUACCAGACCAGCCAUCCACUACCGGACCAGCCAUCCACUACCAGACCAGCCAUCCACUACUGGACCAGUCAUCCACUACUGGACCAGCCAUCCACUACUGGACCAGCCAUCCACUACUGGACCAGCCAUCCACUACCAGACCAGCCAUCCACUACCGGACCAGCCCAGCCAUCCACUACCGGACCAGCCCAGCCAUCCACUACUGGACCAGCCCAGCCAUCCACUACUGGACCAGCCAUCCACUACCGGACCAGCCCAGCCAUCCACUACUGGACCAGCCAUCCACUACCGGACCAGCCAUCUACUAUUGGACCAGCCAUCCACUACCGGACCAGCCAUCCACUACAGGACCAGCCAUCCACUACCGGACCAGCCAUCCACUACUGGACCAGCCAUCCACUACCGGACCAGCCAUCCACUAUCGGACCAGCCAUCCACUACCGGACCAGCCCAGCCAUCCACUACCGGACCAGUCCAGCCAUCCAUUACUGGACCAGCCCAGCCAUCCACUACCGGACCAGCCCAGCCAUCCACUACCGGACCAGCCCAGCCAUCCACUACCGGACCAGCCCAGCCAUCCACUACUGGACCAGCCAUCCACUACCGGACCAGCCAUCCACUACCGGACCAGCCAUCCACUACCAGACCAGCCAUCUACUACCGGAUCAGCCAUCCACUACUGGACCAGCCAUCCACUACCGGACCUGCCAUCCACUACCGGACCAGCCCAGCCAUCCACUACCGGACCAGCCCAGCCAUCCACUACCGGACCAGCCAUCCACUACCAGACCAGCCAUCGACUAA